AUAAAAUUUUCUUUUGAAAUUUUAUCAAUGAAACUACAAAAGUACCCCUAACUCGAAUUCGAAAUUUUCUCCUUCUUCUCUGUUUGCGUGCAGUCGCAGUUCCCACAGUACACAGAUUCCCUCCUGUUCUUUUUCUUCUCGAAAAACACACACACACGCCUGCUCGAAACGGCGUCGUAGCUGUGCCCCACGCACUGGGACGUGCAGUGCGUGUUGUCAGAGACCAUGAGCACCACACUCAGAUUCCAAUUAAACAAACUACUCCUCACUCCUCAGCAUGAGCAACUUCACACUCACAGCGCUCUCUCUCUCUCUCUCUCUCUCUCUCUCUACGACGACGUCGUAUGCUCCCCUCCCCCCAAAUCCCCCCCUUCGUACCCUAAUAAUUGAUGUCCCUAAUUUGCUUGCUUUCAUCUGAUUCAUCAAUGCCGGAAGCCGCGGCGUCACCCUUACUGCAGCUGUCUGCUCCGUUUUGAGCCUUCUGCGAUCUUGGAUUAGGUUGGAUUUUUUGCAAAUGGGAUUGGAGUCAGAUAAGCAGGGGAUGGAGUUUGCAGCUAGUUCCAAACCCCUUAAACCCCCUGCAAAUAUAUCUGAAAUCGUUUCAAAAUUCGCCAAAGUUUGUAAAUUUAGGUCCAUUGGUGUAUUUUAUUCGUCGGAGAAUGUGGACCAAAGCCAUGUUUACCCGAUGAUUUCUGGCGACAAUGCUCGUCUAUUGGAUGAAGAAAGUGGCGAAGAUGUUCUUUUUUGUGCCAAGAAAAUCUUUCCUGAGCAUGCUGAGGUGCAAAAGAGCGGAAAUUUAUGUGCCCGUGUGGAGCUUGUGCAGUUGUUUGACACGCUUCUGGCGUUAAAAAUAGCGUAUGUUAAGCUCCAAGAAGCACACAUUCCGUAUGAUCCCGAGAAAGUUAGAGUUGCUGAUGAAGAGGUUAUGCUUCAGAUCGAUACACUUGGCAAGAUCAAGAAGGCUUACAAGGAGAAGCAAUUGAAGGAAGCAAAUGCUGUUUCUGCUGGUUCAGCUCUUUUUCUUGCUGAAGUUAAGGUUAAGGAGCAACAACUGGAGAAGUUGAAGUCCCAAGCCAAGAUCAAGGGCAAGAGAGUUGCUAAUUUGAGUAAAAAGCUUCAGGAGCUGGAAACGAAGAACAAAAAGCUGGCUGAAGAGAUUGAGGAACGCGAGAGGGAAAGGUUUGCGGGUUUGAAUCACUAUUCCUUGGAGAAUGUUGUCAGGGCAGUUGGAAAAGCUAUUCAUGAUUUUGCAAAGCCGUUGAUUGCCUUGAUGAAACAUUCAGAUUGGGAUCUAGACCAAGCUGCUUAUGCAAUACAAUCAUCGGUUGUAUAUGCAAAGAGGUCACACAAGAAAUAUGCGUUUGAAGCGUAUAUUGCCAGAAGGAUGUUUCAGGGGUUUCUGCAACAGCCUUGCUUUUUAGGGAACAUAAUGAAGUUGGAUGACCCUAUUGUUGCAUUAAUUGAAGACCCACAAUCUAGUUUUGCCAAGUUUUGCAGAGCAAAAUAUAUGCUAGUAGUUCAUCCCAGGAUGGAAGAAUCGUUCUUCGGUAAUUUGGACCAUAGGAAUUUCGUGGCUAACGGAAUUCACCCAUAUACCCCGUUAUAUCGUGCAUUUGUCAGAAUGGCAAGAUGUGUAUGGUAUUUGCAGGCACUGAUUGCUUAUAUCGAGCCUGAAGCUGAAAUUUUUGGUGUUAAGCAAGGAACUGAGUUCUCAGAUGUUUACAUGGAGGUUGUAGACGAGCUCAAGGAGUACAAGACUAUGGACAACGACCACCAAAGAUACAAAGUCGAGUUCAUGGUAAUGCCUGGUUUUAUGCUAAGGGGGGCUUUAAUAAGGUCUCAAGUAUAUGCUUCUAAAGGGGAGUUCUCAAAUGGCAGACUCUAGGAAGAAUGGGUUUUGGGUACUGUUUGUGAGAGCAUUUUGCAGUUUUUUGCUUUUCAAUUACAGUCCUAGGCAGUGGAUCAGGCUUAAUGAUUUGGCAUCACGGGUGCAUUCGCUAAAAUCGGAUACUCGUAAAAUUAUCAGAAUGAAAUAUAUACUCUGUAAUUAUACUAUCUGCUGCAACUUUGACAUGUAAAUAUAAUCAGUUUUUCUA